UGACUUUUGGUUUCCGGGAUGCACUUUCUACACAUUGUUCUUCUAUCUUGCUUUGAAUAACUAAACUAUUCUGAUUAUAAUUGAAUAUCUAAAAUAAUCUCAUUUCAUUUCUGUCUGAUGUAGAUUUGUUUUGUAUGUUUUUGAACCUUUUUGUUAAAGUGAAUAAAUAAAACCAAUAAGUGAAAGUGCGGUUGGGUUUCUAUCACAUGUCCUUCAGGAAGAAGCGUCUCGUUAGAAACAGAAUCUCCGAGAGAAUCUGAAUCAUGACGGCGCAGGUGACGGAGUCCGACCAGAUCAAACAGUUUAAGGAGUUUUUGGGGACUUACAACAAGGUGACGGAGAACUGUUUCAUGGACUGCGUCAGAGACUUCACCACAAGGGAGGUGAAGCCAGAGGAGUCAAGCUGCUCAGAGUCCUGCCUGCAGAAGUACCUGAAGAUGACUCAGAGGAUCUCCAUGCGCUUCCAGGAGUACCACAUCCAGCAGAACGAGGCCCUGGCUGCUAAAGCCGGGCUGCUGCCAGGAACCAGACUCUGAUCCAGGUCCUGUCCUAGCACACAGGAGAGACCUCCUCAUCUGAGGCCUGGCUGCCAGCUGUUCUGUCCCAGAGCAUCAUGGGAGAUGUAGUGUUUAACAGAUUUCUUUAACUACUGUUUCAUUUUUCGUAUUUAUGUUGAAAUAUUUUGUAUUAAAUGUCAUGAACCUGUUUUCGUGUCUGGAAAUAAAAAAUAGUAAUUUAA